ACGAGUCGCGCACAUGUACAACAAAAAAUGAAGGCCAUGCUUUUGCUCCUCUUCAUCAUUUGGUUUGCAGAUGCAGAGCUGAAACCCAGGAAAGGCUCUGCGGUGGUAUGUACUUUUAAAGACAAGACAUUCAGCCCAGGAGACAGCUGGCAUCCCUAUCUGGAGCCACUUGGAUUUAUGUUCUGCAUGCGCUGCCUCUGCACUGAGAUAGGCCAUGUGAAAUGUAACACAAUCAAGUGCCCGGCUCUGUCCUGUGAGAACCCAGUGGCUGUGCCUCAGCAGUGUUGUCCGAGGUGCACAGACGGGCCCAGGAUCCCUGCAGGCCUGAGAGCAUCAGUGAAGUCCUGCAGGCACAAUGGGAGUAUUUAUCAGCCGGGGGAGACCUUCACCAAGGUCGACCUCUUUCCAUCCAAGCAGAGCAACCAGUGUGCCAUGUGCUCGUGCUCCAAUGGAAAUAUCUUCUGUGCUCUGAAAACGUGCCAACCAAUCACCUGCUCCUCUCCAGUGUCAGUUCCAGAUACCUGCUGUUUGGUGUGUAAAGAUCACGGCACCAGUGGGUCCUCAUCAACUGAGGAUGGAAACCAGCAGCUGAACAGAGGCGUCAGGCACUCAGUCGACCAGUGUCCUGCCGAGCCGAGCAAGGUGCGGUCGGACCGUGCCACUCCGCCCAGGGUCAGGACUUCUCCCAGAGGCCUGAGCCUGAGUAAACUCAACCUCAAAGGGGCUUCGGGGACCACUGUGAAGAUUCUGUUGCAGAGGAAACAACAAAGAGCGUGUUUAUACAAUGGCAAGACGUACUCGCAUGGAGACAUGUGGCACCCAGUUCUGGGGAGGGUCCUGGAAUGCAUCCUGUGCACUUGCACUGAUGGCAUCCAGGACUGCAAGCGCAUCACGUGUCCCGGCCAGUAUCCAUGCCAACAUCCAAUGAAGUCAGCGGGACAGUGCUGCAAGACUUGUCCAGAGACCAAAGCUGAAAGUAACCGCACCCUGUGUUAUCCUGGAUUUAAAUACAGCGUCUUGGUGUAUAAAGUCGAAUCAUCUCUGAGACUCGACUCGUCCCACACGGUCAGGAUCAUCGCUGCCGAGAGAAAACGAACUGCUGAAGUUGAAGUGCAAGCAUGGAAGACUGACGGAGGUGUUUUGAAAGUAUUGGAUAUUGGGGACAGUCAAAGAAAACACAUCAUGGAUCAUCCAGAAAAUUACACAAUGCUCGCGACGCUCGAUGAAGACACAUGGAGUAAAUUCAAAGAGGAGCGAGGAAACCUGACGAAAGCUCCUCAGACCACGAUUUGUGGAGACGGGAUUCGGGAGGUGAUGACGUUCAUCAACCCCGCUCAGACUGAAGGCCUGUGUUCACCCUGAUGCCCACUCUUUGUGCCGAUGCUCCACAUAAGCACAUGGUUGAUAUACAUACUUCCUGUCAUGCAUGUUGCACUUGGAUCCUGAAACCUUCCCAUUGUAAUGCUGGAGAUUCUAGUUAUGAUAUUGUUGCUCAUCAGUUAAUUCAGACAUCAUUGUGCAUCAUGUUGGAACCAUCGCAUAUUUGCAUUUUUUUGAUUAUUAGGCUGCAAAACUAUUGGAAAUGCCAAAUUCUGAAAUGUUUAAAUAUAAAUACUUCAAGAAUAAUGGCCUAAUAUUAUGAGGAUUAAGUCGUAAUUUAACGAGAAAACUUUAGAAAAAUGUUUAUCUCAUUCUCCACAUUCCUUGUUUUAACACAGCUGGUCUUCUGAUAUGCCCCUUCUUUGACAUUUGGUCUAAGAUUACGACUUUAUUCUUGUUAAUUCACAACUUUUUUUUCUCAUAACAUCACAACUUUAUUCUCGAAAUAUUUUGAUUUUAUUCUCAUAAUAUUGCAGCUUCAUUCUUGUAAUAUAACAAUUUUACUCUCGAAAUCGCGAAAAUGUCGCCCUUUAAGUGGCCCUAAUACGCUGUCAUGUAAAACACAUAUAAAUAUAAUUUGUAUUUCAGAAUAUGCUGGGGCAAGCUGCCAUGUUCUGAUUAGAAUGUAAAGGGUCUAUGUAUGAUCAGUAUACUGUAUUUAUUGUAAAUAUUGAGGGUUUUUUGGCACCUUAUUUAAAGCGUUUUGGUUCUUGUAUGAUUUCUGUAAAUACAGUACAUGUGUUUGGUUGAAUGUUGUCGUUUUUCCCGCCUUGCAUGAAUUAGCAAGAGGCAUCGCAUUGUGGUAAAUGCACAGUUUUAUCCAAACAGUGGUUUGUUAUCACAGCCUAAAGACAUCUUACAACUCCACAUGCCAGAACUAUUUCAAUUUUAAGUGGCCAUUGUUGAUGUAGCUGAAUUCACUCUGUACCCGCCCCCCCUCACAAUUUGAACCCAUAAAGUUUUUUCU